CGAAAAAAAAAAAAAAAAAAAAAAAAAAAAAUCAAAGUCAUCGUUCCAGUUUUCUGAAGCCAAAAAUGUCCUGCCCCUGCUCCCGCUGCUUCAACAACCCAUCCACUCCUCAUCACUCCGAACCAUCAUCCCCUCCUCCUUAUUCACCAUCAGCCCCUGCUUCUCCAGGGGUAGAGAAAACAUCGCCGAGCAAGAAAAGCAACGGAUCCCCAUGGUUUAAGAAGAAUAGCGCAAAUCCCCCGCGAUACAGCGUGGAGAGCACGGCGUCCGAUUUGGUUGGGUUACUGGGUUGAGUGAUGGUCGGGAGUGAGGGAGAUGGGGAAAGGAGUAUGGGACUGGGGGGAACGAAGGGGAGUGAGAAGGAGGGGAGAGAAGGAAGGGAAGAAAGGGACGGGAAAGGAAGGAGCGGGUAAAGAAGGGAAGGAUUAGGUAUAUAGGUACCUAGGUACUUGAAGACCGGUUGCGGUUGCAUGAGUGAGUGGACUUGAUAAAGGAUGAAAAGGGGUGAAAAUGAUGAAGAGCGUUGAAGAGGUGCAAAGAAAGCUUGACAGGAGAUGACACUGCGUUUGGGAUUGCUAUGUGAGAUAGCUGUUCGAAUAGGUGA